AUGAACUCUGGGAACGAUAAUUGGCACUCAGGUGGCCCCCCGUCGCACCCUGGCAUGGAUCAAAUGAAUCAACCGCCUCGGCCACUGGGCUCAUUCGGCCAAAACGCAAACCCACAGCAAGCGCCUUACCAUCCUUCCGCUCAACCGGGUGCCCAUUCGCUGCCCGGGUUGGCGGAGUUGAGCCAAACCCACGGCAAUCCUCACCAACCUCCAUCCUAUGGCCAACACCCCCCUGCGCCAUCACACGGUGCUGGACACUCACUGCCGGGCAUUGGUCAGGCAAUGCAGCACCCUUCCCCCCAGUCGAUCAACCAGGAACGCGAGCGCGAUUCCAGAGAGCGGGAACUUCUCGAACGACACCGUCAAGAGGAAAUGGUACACAGGGAGCGUGAACAGCGUGAGCGUGAGCGUGAGCAGAUCGAACGUCAACAGCUUGAACGACAACGCGAGCAGCAACACCAUCCUGUUCAGAGCCAUACCGGGUCAAUUCCUUUACAUCAGCCUGUGGCAUCAAAAGUUCCAAAUACUAUCCACGGCCCUGGUGGUCUCUUGUCCAGUUUGGGUACAAACCCGACCAAUGGGCCCCAAGGCGCAAUGCAAGCGUCUGGUGGCGGACCAGGCGGGAUUUAUGGCUCUCAGAUCCCACAUGGUGAAGGUACUCCGAGGUCGUACAUGCAGCACGCUGCUGGGCCGCCGGGUCAGCCAUUGAUGGCAUUCAAUGGGACUGGGCCGCCAGUCCCUGGAAACGUUGCAGCUCUUGCCCAGGGCCAACAGCCAAUUCUAAACGAUGCGCUUUCGUAUUUGGAUCAAGUCAAGGUUCGCUUCGUGGACCAACCUGAUGUGUAUAACCGAUUCCUUGACAUAAUGAAAGACUUCAAGAGUCAAGCUAUUGAUACGCCGGGGGUGAUUCAACGAGUUUCAAACCUCUUCAAUGGGCAUCCCGCACUCAUUCAGGGUUUCAACACUUUUCUCCCACCUGGUUACCGCAUUGAGUGUGGAACCGAAGAUAAUCCGGACGCGAUUCGAGUGACCACGCCGUCAGGCACAAAUACUCUUAGCAUGCCUCGUACCCGUCAUAUAGAUGGCCCAGGCGACUUGCCCCCCUCCGGUGGUAUUGGACCUCACGGCCGUACUGAUUACUAUGAGCACUCUCGGCCGGGUUGGCAACAGCAGCCUCAAUCUCAGCAAACACAGAGCAGCCUAGCUGGGUCUUAUUCUCCAGGCUCCCGUUUGAUCGGUGGGAUGUUCGGACAGCAAACAGGACAGGGCCAGCCACAGGACCAUCAUUAUGAGUACACAGGUCAACAAGAGCAGCAGUCCUCAGGGGGUGCUGCUGCAACACACGGGCAGGACCAGCGAGGGGUCUCUCAACUCCAAGGUGCAGCGUCAGCAGCGUCAGCAGGCCUGGGCCGGCCAUCUUUGAUGGGAGCUUCUGGUGCUUCUGGCCAAGGAGCCAACUUGAGUCAGCCCAUGAAUAGUUUGGCAGGAGUUGGGUCUAAUGUCCUGCAAGGCGCGCAGGCAGAUUUGAAACGUGGCCCGGUAGAAUUCAACCAUGCUAUCAGCUAUGUUAAUAAGAUAAAGAAUCGCUUUUCAAGCCGUCCGGAGAUAUACAAGCAGUUUCUUGAGAUCCUGCAAACAUAUCAGCGCGAGUCAAAACCGAUCGGUGAUGUGUACACUCAGGUCACGCAACUUUUCAACUCCGCGCCAGACCUCCUAGAGGAUUUUAAGCAGUUCCUUCCUGAGUCCGCUGCUCAUGCGAAACAGCAGGCCGCGGCGCGUCAAGCAGAGGAGGCCGCGCCCAUGAGUAACUUGCGUGGUGACCCGAACUUCCAAUCGAGUUCACUCACUUCACAGACUCCAAAUCGUGAUGUCAAGAUGCCACCCCUUGGUAACUUCAAUGUCAAGGACUCUGCGAAAGAAGGCAAGAAGCGUAGAAAUGUGCCUGGAGCCCCUGGUUUGGGCGGAUCGGGCGUUGGCCCUGCUGGGGGAGUCGAUACUGCACGGAUGGGCGACUCUCAGGCAGGCCGCGGGCAAGCCAUGGCAGCAAGCAAUGCAAACAAGAGAGCUAAGGUUCACCACACAAAACCCUCACAGGGAGAUGCUCCACUGGUCUCGCCCACUCUUGUCCCUGCUCUACCUGAGCCUGUUCAGCCAACUUUCUCCCUGACACCGACACAAGAAGAAUUCGCAUUCUUUGAUCGGGUCAAGAAAUACAUCGGGAACAAGCAAACAUUUAGCGAAUUCCUCAAGUUAUGUAACCUCUACUCAACGGACCUUAUCGACCGACAUGUGUUAGUGAAGAGGGCAGCUGGAUACAUCGGUUCGAACCCAGAGCUUAUGGCUUGGUUCAAGCGAUUCAUGCACGUUGAGGAGCCGGAGGACAAGAUUAUCGAGCUUAAGCCGAAACAGGAACCUGGGAUCGUCAAUUUAUCCCACUGCCGUUCACUUGGACCGAGCUAUCGACUUCUACCCAAGCGUGAGCGCCAGAAGCCCUGUAGCGGACGUGACCAGCUGUGUCGCAGCGUGCUGAAUGACGAGUGGGCUUCUCACCCAACAUGGGCGUCCGAAGACUCCGGUUUUGUUGCUCACCGGAAGAAUCAAUAUGAAGACGCCUUGCACCGUAUCGAAGAAGAUAGGCACGAUUAUGACCACCAUAUCGAAGCUUGCAACCGGACCAUUCAACUUAUUGAGCCCAUCGUUCAGCAAUUUCUCGUCAUGACCGAAGGGGAGAGGGCGUCCUUUAAACUUCCCCCUGGUCUCGGAGGCCAGAGUGAAGCGAUCUACCAGCGUGUCAUCAAGAAGAUUUACGAUAGACAGCGCGGGGAGAGAAUCGUCAAAGAAAUGUUCGAGCGUCCUUGCCAUGUUCUUCCCAUUGUUCUGUUCCGUUUGAAACAGAAAUGCGAGGAGUGGAAGGCAAGUCAGCGCGAAUGGGAUAAAAUUUGGCGCGAGCAGAUGCAAAAGGCCUACUGGCGUAGUCUUGACCAUCAAGCAAUUGCAAGCAAGGGAACCGACAAGAAGCUCUUCGUCGCCAAACAUAUCCAGACUGAAAUCCAAGCCAAGCACGAAGAGAGCAAGAACCUUCGCAAGAGCGGAUUCCAGGUUCCCAAAUACCAGUUCGAGUUCUCAUUUACGGAUCCAGCGGUGCUUAUCGAUGCCACUCAUUUGCUUUUGACCUUCAUCGACCGCAACUCGGCGGGCUUCGGUGCCGAUCCGCAAAAGGUCAUGAUGUUCAUCAAAGAUUUUAUCCCAGUGUUUUUCGGCAUGGACCGUGACACCUUCCAUGUUUACAUGAACGAACUUUCUAGCGGGACCUCACCUGUUGAUGAGGGUGAAGACGAUAGUUCGGCUGCUGAUGAUACCGCAACACCGCGCAGCAGCAGCAGGAAGGGGCUUACAAAUAAGAAGAUGGACCUUCUUCGUGAUGUCCUAGAACGCCGCAGUGAAAAGGCAAGCAGGACUGAUAAAGAAGGCAGCGCUCCGGCCAGCCGCGACGGUACACCCGAUGCUGCUCUCGUUCCAUCCACACCUAUACCUGACCCGACAGAGACUUUUGACGUGGCUGAGUUGAAAUGGAUGGAGCAUCCCGGACAGGGCAACUUCAACCAACAGCGCGAAUAUAAUCUCAAUGAGACCUACGAAAAGAAGGCGCAUCAUUUGUAUGCAAACCUGAACAUUUUCUGUUUCUUCCGAACUUUUGAGAUCUUGUAUUCCCGUCUUCUUCGCAUCAAGUUACACGAGAAGGAUGCUCAUGAUGAUGUGCGCCGUGCCCUUAUUGGAAAGCCGGCUCAAGAACUCCACCUCAUCGACAAGGUUCCUACCGACUUCUUUUAUGAUACUGACCCCAAAGCCAAUCUGUACCAGCAGAUUGUGCGAAUGUGCGAAGAGGUCAUCAAGGGGGAUCUGGAAACAUCUCACUUGGAAGAAACUCUUCGCCGCUACUACUUGAGGUCUGGUUAUCAGCUUUACAAUCUGGAGAAGAUGUUUACUGGCGUCGCCAAGUUUGCUGGUGCAAUCUUCAAUGGUGAUUCAAAAGAUCGCAGUUCAGACAUCAUCAACCUCUUUUUCAAAGAGCGCGAUAAGGAGGAAACAACGCACAACCAGGAGAUCCAGUAUCGUAAGCAGGUCGAGCGACUGGUAAAGGACAGUGAGAUCUUCCGAAUAACCUAUUACCCUGGCACCCAGAAGACGACAGUUCAGCUUCUCACCCCAGAAGAUGCCACAUUGGAAAACGAAGAGUUGAGCCAAGAGGCGCGCUGGUCGUACUAUGUGUCGGCAUACACGAUGCGCGACCCAACCGAGGGAGUGCCAUUCUCCCAGAUGCGGAUGCCCUUCCUGAAGCGGAACCUUCCAGGAAAGCUGGAGCAAGAAGAAGAAUACAACCGCUUCUAUCGCCCACUCGUUCACCAAGACGGACUUAUCAUCCGCAUUUGUGCCAACAGCUAUCAUAUCCUCUACGAGCCUAGCAGCUACGAUUGGUGGUGGCGACCGAAUCUCCCUUCGGAUGAGUUGGCUGAAGAGGUGGCCAAGGAAGAGGGGGCUGUGAAGGAAAGACGGCGCGAUCGGUUCACCGAGAAGUUCGUCAACAACCCCAGCUGGGCCCAUGGGCUCAGCAAAGACCAAGUCGACGAAUCGAACCAGCGGUUCCGUUCCUGGAUCAAGGGUACGGGGUCCGAAGAGCGCGAAACAAGCGCCCCCGCUGGUUCCGGAUCAGACAAGCAGAGCCCCAAGGAGGACGUCGAGAUGCCGGACGCGGAGAAGCCUUCCGAGGCCCAAGAAUCCUAA